UGAUCAUCACUACAGUGGAAUGUGAGGGACUUAAAUAUACCAAUAUACUUAAAAUUCUUAUAGAGAUUGUUUUAUUCUGGAAUAUAUCUUCCUUGUACAUUGUUAUAAGUUCUUUUAGUAUAAAGGAUAGUGUACAAAAUACAUUUAUGUACUUUAGGCAAAAUGGCGCAUCAAGCAGGUUACGACCAACCGGAGAAUAGAAACCUGAGGAAGUAUCCCAAUUUCGGAAAGGAUGAAGUACCCUCUUACCAGUCUAUAGGAACACAGCAACAAUCUGGUUCUGGGCAGCCGCCAUCCUACCAGUCAACAACUUACGUGGUUUCUCGUCAACCUCAACCAGGAGGAACAGUGAUUCGGCCUCCUGACUACCUGAUACCUUCAAUUCUCGCCUGUCUGUGUUGUUUCUGGCCUACAGAGCUAUGUGCUGUCAUCUACGCAUCACAGGCUAAUGAUAUGGCAGUUGCUGGUGAUUUCCAUGGAGCCGAAAAGAUGGCAAGUAAAGCCAGGAACAUGCUGGUAACCAGUGUUGUUAUAGGAGCAAUCAUUUUGAAUAUUGGAGUAAUUACAGGUUUUCUCAUUCACAACAGCGAGAAAAACGGUUCUGGUUAUUAACAGGUUAUUUUGCCGUUGACAAGAAAUCUCGUUAUCUGAAACAAGAAUUACUACCAGUAUCUGUGUGAUCUCGUGAAGAUAGCCAUGACAAUAUUUUCUAAUUUCUAUUAGUCAUAAAUAAAAAUAAUGUUCUGCAUAGACUUUGUUUUUUUGGCGGUUAUAUGUAACAUAUCUAAGUAUAUAUACUAAUAU